AUGCGGAAAUCCGCUGCAGACAGAUUCAGGCAUCUUUUCAACCGUUCACUCGUUGCUUCCCAACAUCGUCAUCGUCCAAUUAAUCCUAUCCUCUUUCGAUCGUUGUCUUCCAUGGCUUCUCAUUCUUCGCCUUUCCCUGUUACCGCUCAAAAUAUCAACCCACAGGUUCUGAAAUGUCAGUAUGCUGUUCGAGGAGAGAUUGUUACACUUGCUCAGAAUUUGCAAAAAGAUUUGCUGGCCAAUCCAAGCGCUCAUUCUUUUGAAGAGAUAAUUUACUGCAACAUUGGAAAUCCUCAGUCUCUUGGCCAGCAGCCAAUAACUUUUUUCCGAGAGGUUCUUGCAUUAUGUGACUAUCCAGCUCUUUUGGACAAAAGUGAAACUCAGGGUUUGUUCAGUGCUGAUUCAAUAGAGCGAGCUUGGCAGAUUGUGGAUCAGAUUCCUGGGAGAGCAACGGGUGCCUAUAGUCAUAGUCAGGGUAUUCAGGGUUUGCGUGAUACAAUCGCUGCUGGAAUUGGAGAGCGUGAUGGUUUUCCUGCUAAUCCCGAUGACAUUUUCUUGACAGACGGUGCAAGCCCAGCAGUCCAUAUGAUGAUGCAACUACUCACUAGAUCAGAUAAUGAUGGUAUUUUGUGUCCCAUCCCUCAGUACCCUCUCUACUCAGCCUCAAUUACCCUCCAUGGUGGCCACCUGGUACCUUAUUAUCUAGAUGAAGCAACUGGUUGGGGGCUGGAAAUAUCCGAACUCAAGAAGCAGUUGGAAGAUGCCAGGUCCAAGGGCAUCAGUGUUAGGGCUUUAGUUGUUAUAAAUCCCGGCAAUCCAACUGGACAGGUUCUUGCUGAGGAAAACCAAAGGGAUAUAGUAGAAUUUUGCAAGAAAGAAGGUUUGGUUCUUUUGGCUGAUGAGGUAUAUCAAGAAAACAUUUAUGCUCCUGAGAAGAAAUUUCACUCUUUCAAGAAGGUAUCUCGAUCCAUGGGAUACGGCGACGAUGAUAUCAUCUUAGUAUCUUUUCAAUCCGUCUCCAAAGGCUAUCACGGGGAGUGUGGAAAACGUGGAGGUUAUAUGGAGGUGACUGGGUUUUCUCCAGAUGUGAGGGAACAGGUUUAUAAAGUGGCAUCUGUGAAUCUUUGUGCUAACAUCACUGGUCAAAUUCUUGCAAGUUUGAUCAUGAGUCCACCUAAGGUUGGAGACGAGUCCUAUGAGUCAUUCAUGGCCGAGAAGGGUGGUAUUUUAUCUUCUCUUGCUAAGCGUGCAAAGGCACUAGAAGACGCUUUGAACAAUUUGGAAGGUGUAACCUGCAACAAAGCAGAAGGGGCAAUGUACCUGUUUCCUCGUAUUCGCCUGCCCGAAAAGGCUAUCAAAGCUGCAGAGGCUGAAAAAUCAGCACCUGAUGCGUUUUAUUGCAAACGCUUACUUAACGCCACAGGAAUCGUUGUUGUUCCUGGUUCUGGUUUUGGACAGGUACCCGGCACAUGGCAUUUUAGGUGCACCAUAUUGCCUCAAGAAGAUAGGAUUCCAGCCAUUGUCACCCGUUUGACUGAGUUCCAUGAAAAGUUCAUGGAUGAGUUUCGUGAUUGA